GAAAGAAAGAGGAGACUGAGAGAGAGAGUGAGAGUGUGUGUUUGAGAGAGAUAAGGAGUGAGAGAGAGAGGGAACAGCACAGAGAGCCGCUGGAGAUGUGGUUUGUGCUGGCUGUCAUCCUGGUGGCUGUAGCACUGUCACUUGGCAAAGUUCUGCUGGGCCGGAGCCGCAGACCUGGAGAACCACCUCUAGAACAAGGCUGGAUCCCAUAUUUUGGCAAGGCGUUUGAGUUCCAUCGAGACUCUUUACAAUUUCUUCGCUCUCAUCAGCAAAAAUGGGGUGACGUCUUUACAGUUUACAUUGCGGGCAAGUACCUGACUUUUAUUUUAAAUCCGUUCCUUUAUCAAUUUGUGGUUCAGUGCAACAAGCAAUUAGACUUUCAAGGAUUUUCAUUGAUAACAUCAGCCAAGGUUUUUGGCCACCCUUAUCUAAAUGAUCCCAAAAUACCAGUAUCCAUUGAAGAAAUUCAUAAGUACUACUCCUACCUAAUGGGUGAGGAGCUAAAUAUUUUGAAUGGAAGUUCUAUGAAGAAUCUUCAGAGUGUUAUGAAACAAGAGCAAUUGGGGCCAGAGUGGAGAACAGAGAACAUGUAUGAUUUCUGUUGCCGCAUCAUAAUUGAAACCACUUAUUUAACUCUGUAUGGAAAGGCUCCCAAGGAUGAGCAAGAAGAAAUCACUGAAUUAAAAAAGAAAUUUAUUAAAUUUGACAAAAUGUUUCCCUAUCUGGUUGCAAGGAUCCCCAUUGAACUUCUAGGCAACACCAAAGUGAUUCGCAAAGAACUGACCAGUUACUUCACAGGUAGAAGAUUGAAUCAACGGCUAAAUAUAGCAAAUGUGAUCAAAAAGAGGAAGAACUUUCUUGAGGCGUAUUCAUAUCUUCAAGAUCAUCAAAGGGCAGCACAUCAUUUUGCCUUCCUGUGGGCUGCAAUCGGAAAUACAGUUCCAGCUAUAUUCUGGGCAUUGUAUUAUCUGGUGAAAAAUCCAGAAGCCCACGCAGCUGUACGUGAAGAAAUUCAACAUGUGUUCCAGGCAGCAGGUCAAAGAACAGGUCCUGACUUCAACAUCAGCCUUAACAGAGAAGAUUUAGACAGCAUGGUGAUCCUAGGAAGUGCAAUAAAAGAGAGCUUUCGAUUAUGCAGUGCCUCUAUGAACAUCCGAAUUGCUCAGGAGGAUUUUACCUUAAAAUUUAAAGACGAACAGAGCAUCAAAUUGAGAAAAGGGGAUUGGGUUGUCCUUUAUCCUCAAAUUUUACACAUGGAUCCAGAGGUUUAUGAAAAUCCUGAGGUGUACAAGUAUAAUCGCUUCAUGGAAAAUGGAAUGGAGAAGACUACCUUUUACAAGGGAGGAAGGAAACUUCGCUAUUAUUUGAUGCCUUUUGGUUCUGGAUCUAGCAUGUGUCCUGGGAGACAUUUUGCAAUCAGUGAGAUCAAAAUAUUUCUCUCAAUAAUGUUAACUGCAUUUGACUUGGAAAUCAUUGAAGGAGAAAAGCCAGUUGGACUUGAUAAUAACCGUGCAGGCCUUGGCAUCUUACUGCCUGAUUCUGAUGUUCAGUUCCGCUAUAAAUUGCAUCAGUAAAGAAACAUGCUAAAUUUCCAUUUUCAGACUGAGAAAAUGAUAUAUUGGUCAGUCAGCACAGCUGGUUUGAUCGAUAUUUCACUGAAGGAAUGGGAGUAAUGCUUGCUGACUUUGGUUGAAUCAAAUCUAGGAAAUUCUUUACCUUUAAAUAGAAGAAAAAAGCAACUUUUGGAAAAUAUUGUUGUACUUUUCCUUGUGUUCACAGCAUUGAAAAAUUCCUGUUUAUUUCCUAUUCGUACAUAACUUUCAGAUCUUUUAACCUGAUCUUGAAGCACGCAUAUAUGAGUUGGAUAGAUUUAGGUAUCUGCAUCUUUCAAUGUGAAUUUUCAUGUAAUACAAAUACUUUUAAGGAACUGAGCUGGGUGAAGGUGGCAGUACAGGGCUCAUGUGAUUUUCUGUCCAUUCAAAGUUUUGCAGGGGCUCCAGCCUCUAUAAAUAAGCAGGGAAAUCAUAAGGUGUAAUUAAUCCAGGCCAGCUUGUUCAGAUGUAGUGAAUUUAGUGAACUUUGCCUGCUAAUUCAUUUCAUGAUUGAAAUGUGCAGCCGUGCUGUUGAGUAGCUGGAAACCUGAACAGGGGUCAGAAAUUUGAGAGAGGCUAGCGUGGGUUGAAUGGAGCUUAUGGUACUUAUAGCUCGCCUGCACUUUUAACUGAGAUGUGCACUUUGACUGCAGAAGGUGCUGGAAGUAAUUUUAAAAUGCGGGUUUGACCUGGGAAAGAAACAAUAAUGGUACAGUAUACAGAGAGCAAGCUCUAGGUUUCUUUUCAGCAGCAACGGAGGUCUUGAUGCGAAACAUGUACAGGAUACCUUCUAGACAUCACCUCAAAAGCAGCGUGAGUGGAUUAAUCUUGUAUAAGUGGUCAAGGUCAUCGAAAAUAACCUUUCAAGGUCAUUUUCCACCAACUUUGUUACUAGCUUCACACACACUGCUUAAUAUACCAUAUUGCUGUCAUCCACCAUCCAAAAGUCCUACUGAUUGAAAACUCAAGCCGCUCAUUCAUGGUUUCAUAUCACUCUUUCCCACUCAUAUUAACGACUGUCAGAUUUCACAUCCUGGCUAGAAAUGUUGUCCGUUCCAGCCUGCAUAGAUCCUAGACCUAAAAUGGUCUCGAACGCAGUCAACUUCACUCACAAAGCCAUCAUCACAGAGCUCAGAGGCUUCAGGUUUUACCUGCAACAUGGGACAGAUUUGAAUGAGCAGCCCCUGGCUGUAAGGGGGAGAUCAGACAUUCUGGCCUGGAUUUUUGUGUAGUAAUGGAGGAUCAGAAAAGUUUCCAGAAUAGCAGAAAGUGCUGAGUUUGAAUAGUCCACAUUCUGGCUACAGCAAAGGCAUAAUCCACAAGUUGGUGAUCACAGUUUUAUACAGUAGUUGUAAAGGAAAUUGAGGCUGAAUAGAUCUAAUAAUUGUCAGAUAUAAAUCACAUGCUCUUUAAAAAUGAAUAGAAAAUUUUGAGCUACUGCUGUCUUGAGUAUUUUUAAAAAACUGAUCUAGAAGUUACAAUAUCUGUUUUUUUCAUAUUUACCAAAGAGCUCUUUAUGAAUCUGAUUUCAACAAAUUACAAUUAUAUCAGCAGGGCAUUCAAAAUUAACAGUUUUAUUGAUGUGGCGUUAUGAAUAAAAGUUUGCUUCAUAAGAGGUUAUGCACUGGAAUGGAAAUUGUUUUAUUAUUGCAAGGACUGUAUUACAAGCUUGGGCCUUUGUUUUAUUUUAUCUUAGCAUGGUUGCUGAGACUAAUAACAGUGGAUAAGACGAGAAGAAAUAGGAACAGGAGAAGGCCAUUAGGCCCCUCAAGCCUGCUGUGCCGUUCCAUAGGAUCAUGGCUGAUCCUACAUUCCUGAACACACUUUCCCCAUAAACCUCAAUUUCCCAACAGAUCAAGAAUCUGUCUCAGCCUUAAAUAUACACAAGGACUCUGCCCCCACAGCUCUCUGUGAUAAGGAGUUCCAAACAUUCUCAACUCUCUGAGAGAAGAAAUUCCUCCUCAUGUCAGUCUUAAAUUAGAGCUCCUUUUGUUCUGACACUAUGCCCUCUUGUCCUAGUCUCUCCCAUUCUCCCAUGAGGAGAGAACCAAGCUUGACCUGUUAACCAGCUUACCUCAAUACUCUGCCCUGCCGAUGGGUGCGUCCAGUCUGCUUCCUGGAGUCUGGGCCCAAAUCCAGACAGCAGCACCUCUCCUCUGUGAAUGUUAGCUCUGAUACGGCGGUCUCAGGAGCAAAAAUCUAGCCCACUGUAUUUCACUGAAGCAUGGGGAGGAGAAUUACUCUGUGUACAGCCCCUUACUGCAGGUCCUUCUCCUCCACCACCUCCUUCCUCUUCCUGAACGUCCUUUGUGUCACCUCGGCUUAAUCUCCCGGUCAUGUUGCAGGCCAAGAGGAAUAGAAACUGCAAUAAUAAAGAAUGGGACCAGGACUGUGAGCAGAACUCUUGAAGUGAGAACCAAACCCGUUACCAUGUGCCAUUCCACUCUGUAAUUGUCAACUUUAAGUAAUAAUACAACCAUAAAAGCUUUGCUAACUCUAUUCUGGCCAAUAGAAUAACAUCAGCAACUAGCCUGAAUCGAGUCAAUGAUCACUUUAAAUAUCUCUGGUGGAGGAGUGGAGGGGAUUACUUUUUGCUGCUGAAUGGACGUGCAGCUUCAUGAGAUUAAUAUUGGGUGUAAGCUGGAGUUUUAAAUUACAAAAUAGUACUACUAGAAUCAAAUCGGUGUUUCAUACUGACUUAUGUGUAAUCUAAUUACUGUCUUUGUCUGUAUAUUUCCAUAGCACAUGUGCUAAUAGACUCCCAAAAUGGUAUUCAUAUGACCUAUGUCACAGUCCUAUUUCAGACUAAACUUUAGUUUAGUAUUUAAAAGAAAGGUACGACACAAAUAAAUUUUGUGGUCACAGAAUACAAAAGUAACAACAUUAUACUAAGCUAUUAUACAACUCUCGUUAGGUCUCAGCCAGUCUAAUACAUAUAGUUCUGAUCACCACUCUUCAGGCAGGAUGUCUAGACAUUAAAGAGGAUUCAGAUUGAGGGUUGGGGUUAAUCAGUACAGGUAAUUUUUUUUAGUUUGUUCAUGGGAUGCAGGUGUCACUGAUUAGGCCAGCAUUUGUUGCCCAUCCAUAAUUGUCCAGAGGGCAGUCAAGAGACAGCCAUAUUGCUCUGGGUCCUAAAGGACAAUUGGAUGGCGCCAUGGCUCAGUGGUUAACAUUGCUGCCUCACAGUGCCAGGGACCUGCAAUUGAUUCCAGCCUUAGGUGACUGUCAGUGUGAAGUUUACACGUUCUCCCCAUGGCUGUGUGAGUUUCCUCUAGUAUUCUCCCACAGUCCAAAGAUGUGCAGGUUAGGUGGACUGGCCAAGCUAAAUGGCCCAUAGUGACCAGGGAUGUGCAGGCUGGGUGGGUUAGCCGUGGGAAGUGCAGUGAUAUGGUGGUGGGGGGGUGUGCGUCUGGUUGGAACGGUGUUUGGAGGGUCAGUGUGGACUCGAUGGACUGAAUGGCCUGCUUUCAAACUGUAGGGAUUCUGUGAUUUUAUGACAUUGGUGAACCAGAUGGGCUUUUAUGAUAACUGCCAGUAGUUACAUAGGUGGAAUUUAGCAAGCUUUUAAUUUCAAGUUUUAUUCAGUUAAAAUUUCACCAUCUUCCACGAUGGGAUUCAAACCCCAUGUACCUGGAACAUUCACUUGGGGUUCUGCAUUAUUAAUCCAAUGGCAUCACCAUUGCAGCACCAUCCUACCCUCAGCCCCACAUCUGAUGUUGAUCAAAAUACCACCUCCUGUGUUGUAUUUAUUGAUUCCAUGGUUAAAAUAUGCUUGAAUAUUAAUUUUGAUCUGAAUCUGGUAAAUACAUUUUGCCAUGAUAAAAUUCUGAAAUUCAUUGCUUUGUAUUUUGUAAUUACAAUUCCUGUCAAAAGAUGCAGAUAAUAAGCUCCUGGAAAAGCCUUUCCUGCCACAAUCCAUUAAUUUUCCCUUAUAAUUUUCAAAUGUUAUGUAUUUUACUGUAUUAUAAUAUUAUAAGAAAAUAGAACUUCUAUUUUACUUUGUCUUGUAUUGUCUCAGAAGCAGUGAUUCUACUUGUGCCUGUUUGAGAUUAUGAACAAAAACAAAGUUGCUGGAAAAGCUAAGCAUGUGUGGCAGCAUUUGUGAAGAAAAGAACAGAGUUAACAUUUCGGGUCCAGUGACCCUUCCUCAGAACUGCUGAGCUUUUCCAGCAACCUUGCUUUUGUUCCUGAUUUACAGCAUCCAUAGUUCUUUCAAUUUUUAUUCUGUUUGAGAUUAUGUUCAUCGUUAAAAAAUCUAUUUUAUAUGGAAGAUUCGCUUUAAUUCCAUUACAUUUUAGUUUAUUGAUAAAUUUUAAUAUAAAACAAAACCUGCAAAUAGAGCAGAAGGAGCUGUAAUUAUCAUCUAAAAUAGUUCUUGAUAGUUAUAAUCCCUUCAUGAAUAUAACUGUGUUUAGUUCCCUGUGUAUGAGUAAACACACAAAUGGGUGGGCUAUGUCAUGAUAUAAUCAUGUAUUGGAUCCUUUUCCAGUUUUAUUAUGUUAAGUUAAUAAUGCAAAAUGAAGAGUAAAAAUCAUAAUUAAGGUGGUGUAAUAAGCUUCUAGCUGGGUGUAAUUGCAUGACCAAUAUAAAAUGAAGUUGGGCUAUAAAAGCAAGUAUCUGGAGGUCUACCUUCUGUGGCAAGGCAUCACUUCUGACAGUUGUGGUUUGCUGGAAGUUUGUGUAACAUUUAAUCUUUAAUAAAUAGCAUGUAUUUUA